UCUUCUACGCGGCAUCCAGAAGCUUAACAUAUAGGCGCACGACCUAACCAACUAGGUUCAGUGCCGUCACAAGGAGCAAGAAGCUAAAGACCCAGCCAGCGUAUUGGCCUUCAUAGUCGCGAUACACCUUCCAGAUUACAAACCAACCCACAAGCGGAGAACUUACAUACACUGUAGCAAAGUAGUCAACUUUGUUCAAUAUUUAUGGAACAAUCUUCGGAUAUGGAGUAUACAUCAGCUGGCAAUGGUGUUGAUAGCUCAAGUGCUGGAGGGGUUUCUGAGAUGGCAACUGAAGAAUUGGCUGCUCCCCUGGUUACAACUACUGCAGAUAAUUUAAAUAUUUCUUCUAAGACAGGUCCAGUUAGUACAAUUGAUGGUUCAAAUCAUGAUGUGGCUAACAACAGUGCUAUCAUAGGGAUUCCAGACAAUGCUUCAAGCGAUUCGUCACAUUCCACUGUUUUUGUCAGUGAAUCGAAGAAUGAUGCAUUGGGUGGUGGUAUUGGUGAGAAUGGUAUUCAUACUGAUAGCGGUAAUGGAUCUAUUGCUGGACACCAAGUGGUGGUGGAUGAUACAGCAACACUAUCUCCUGAAGAAGAACGGUUAUGGAGCAUAGUUAAAACAAAUUCUCUGGAUUUCAAUGCAUGGACUGCCCUAAUUGAAGAGACAGAGAAAGUAGUGGAGAACAACAUAGCAAAAAUCCAGAAAGUGUAUGAUGCAUUUUUAUUGGAGUUUCCAUUAUGUUAUGGCUACUGGAAGAAGUAUGCAGAUCAUGAAGCACGCAUUGGUUCUGUAGAUAGAGUUAUGGAGGUGUAUGAACGAGCUGUUCUAGGAGUUACCUAUUCUGUUGACAUCUGGUUGCAUUAUUGUACCUUUGCUAUAAAUACAUAUGGAGAUCCAGAGACUGUUAGGAGGUUAUUUGAGAGAGGGUUAGCAUAUGUAGGAACUGAUUAUUUGUCAUCAGCACUCUGGGAUAAGUAUAUUGAGUAUGAAUACAUGCAACAAGAAUGGCCCCGUCUUGCUAUGAUCUACACACGGAUUUUAGAGAACCCUAUUCAGCAACUGGAUCGUUAUUUCAAUAGCUUUAAAGAAUUAGUCUCAAGCAGGCCACUAUCAGAGUUGAGGACAGUUGAGGAAGCAACUGCUGCUACUACUAUAAGUUCAGAAGUUGGUGACCAUGAAACUAAAGGAGAAGUUGAUGUUUCUGCCACAGAAGAGUUUUCUAAACCUGUAACUGCAAGCCUUGCAGAAGCUGAGGAGUUGGAGAAGUAUAUUGCCAUUAGAGAAGAGAUGUUUAAGAAAGCUAAAGAGUUCGAUUCUAAGAUCAUUGGUUUUGAAGCAGCUAUAAGGAGGCCAUAUUUUCAUGUGCGCCCCCUCAAUGUUGCAGAACUUGAAAAUUGGCAUAGUUAUCUUGGUUUUAUUGAAGCGGAGGGAGAUUUUAACAAGGUGGUGAAGCUAUAUGAAAGAUGUGUUAUUGCUUGUGCAAAUUAUCCCGAAUAUUGGAUACGUUAUGUCCUGUGCAUGGAGGCUAGUGGAGGUAUGGAUCUAGCAAACAAUGCACUUGCUCGUGCUACUCAAGUGUUUGUCAAGACGCAACCGGAGAUUCAUCUCUUUGCUGCUAGAUUCAAAGAGAACAGCGGGGAUAUCGAAGGAGCACGUGCAGCAUACCAACUUCUACAUACUGAAAUUUCUCCUGGUCUUAUAGAAGCAACUAUCAAACAUGCAAACAUGGAACAUAGGCUGGGCAAUCUGGAAGAUGCUUUUUCUGUAUAUGAACAGGCCAUUGCAAUUGAGAAAGGGAAAGAACAAUCACAAACUUUACCAUUUCUUUUUGCACAAUAUGCUAGAUUCUUUCAUUUGGUUGCUGGAAAUGUAGAAAAAUCUCGCGAAAUCCUUAAUGGAGCGCUUGUGAAUGUACAGUUAUCAAAACCACUUUUAGAGGCUUUGAUUCUUUUGGAAUCUAUGCGCCCACAUCCAAAACAAGUUGAGUAUUUAGAUGCACUAGUGGAAAGAUUCAUUAAUCCUACAGCUGAUAAUGAUAACACUGCCAGCAUAGCUGAGAGGGAAGAUCUGUCAAGCAUUUUCUUGGAGUUUCUAGAUCUAUUUGGCAAUGCACAAAUUAUUAAGAAGGCUGAUGAUAGGCAUGCAAAGCUCUUCCUGCACCAGAAGAUCACAUCAUCAGAAUCAAGAAAGCGUCAAGCAGAGGACUUUCUAACUUCUGACAGAUCAAAGAUGGCCAAAGCUUACACGGGUACCUCACCCUCUGUUCCUGCAGUAGUAGGCGCGUACCCGGCUGCACAAACCCAAUGGCCAGCAGGUUAUGGUUCACAGGCUCAAGUUUGGCCACAAGGACAACAGUGGAACCACCCUGGGUAUACCCAACAGGCUGCAUAUGCAGCUUAUGGAGGUAGCUAUGCAAACCCACCAGCAUCUGUGCCUCAAACUACUAGUUAUGGUGCUUAUCCUCCAGCAAAUCCUGUCCAGCCUGCUUUCCCCCAACAAGCGUACGCACCACCAUCCGCUGUCGCUGCUCCUAUACAACAUCAGCAACCGGCAGCAGUUCCUGCCCCACAGGCUUAUUAUGGAAAUUAUUACGGAUAAUUGUUUUCAAACAAAGAAAUCAAUUUUGUUGCUUGUCUACAAUUCGAAUUUGUCAGUCUAGUUUGGUGAGGACUGUAUCGACAGCUGCCUUGGUGACUUAGUAAAAGAGGUAUGGUUGUGGGAUUAGUGGUGCGGAAAUCUUUAGCGCUUUAUUUUAUAUUUUAAAUUCCAAAUCUUGUCACACCUUCGAUAGAUUCGAACAAUGUAGUUUUUGAGUUCCCUGAAUGCAUGAAAUUUGACACUUCAUUAACAAAUUUAGAUACU